UAUAAUCUGUAUGACAGUGUUUGUGAAACAUUCUUUUCCUACACAUAUGUAACGUGUUUAUAAAUUAAGCUUUAUUUACGCUUUCUUUUCUCAUUAUUAAACGAACUGUUCCUUUACGAAGUAUGAUUGUAAAUCUCAAUGUUUCAUACGUCCUCUAGAUAAUUAAAACCUAAUUAAUCAGAGUUCAUGGUAAACUGGUUAUGGAGGCCCAGGAUCAAAUGGAGAUCAAGUACAGCGGCAAUGAAGUCGGGGGAUUGGAGUUGUGUAUUGUGUGUGGGGACAGAGCCAGCGGUAGACACUAUGGAGCUAUAAGUUGUGAAGGCUGUAAGGGAUUCUUCAAGCGUUCCAUCCGCAAGAAGUUAGGAUAUCAAUGCCGAGGCAGCAUGAACUGUGAGGUGACGAAGCACCAUCGUAACCGAUGUCAAUACUGCCGCUUGCAGAAGUGUCUCGCCUGCGGAAUGAGAAGUGACUCGGUUCAACAUGAGCGGAAGCCUAUCGUUGAUAAGUCCAAAGAGGAACGAACUGCGUACUCCAAACUGCUGGGACUGGCCGGCAGCGCUCAGUCACAGAUAAAUCCUAAGGACGAGCCUUCAGAUACAUUCAGCGCUGUGUCCCCAGCUGCCCCAGCUCUUAACUUCGCGCUGGCUGCAGCUGUAGCUUUCAAUAAAGGAAAUCCAGUGUCUCCGUACCUGUCGGGAGGAGACGCCGAGGGAGCGAGGCGACAUCAGCUGAUGCUGCAGACACACCUGGCCAAGAACCUGUUCAAGAUGGGGCAGUUCGGUGCAAUUAACGAGUAUCUCCAGACGGCGUACGGCGCCACCCCGGCCGAGGUGAACCUCAACGCGGUGCACGCCGACGACGCACAGAACGACGAGGAGGGCGUGAUCCUGAACACAGCGCAGAGCCUGAGCCUGCCGCUGUCCCUGCCGGCGGGCGCGGGCGGACCGCUCCGUCUGCACGCUGCCUGCGAGGCCGCCGCCCGUCUGCUGGCAGCCUGCGUGCGGUGGACGCUCAGCGUGCCCGCCGCCGCCGCCAUGCCGUUCGAGGCGCGAGUGUCCCUGCUGCGGAAGUGCUGGUCGGAGCUGUUUGUGCUGGGUCUGUGUCGCUGGUCCGAGGCUCUGUCUUUGGGAUCCCUGCUGCCGGCGCUGGCGGCGCACCUGCGAGCCGAGCUCAGGGAAAGGAGCGAGCAGGGACACGGGGUUUCACAUGACGACGGAGGCGCAGAGAUAAGUAUCUCUGACUACUCGGACGAGCGCAUCUCGGAGGUGUGUUCGAUGCUGUGCCGCCUCCACCAGUUCGUGUGUCACAUGGAGCAGUUCCGCGUGUCUGACCGGGAGUACGCUCACCUGAGAGCUCUCUGUCUCUUCUCGCCCGACGGCGCCCCCGACUUCCUGAGUCAUAAGCUGCAUCAGCUCCAGUCGUCCGUGGUCCGCUCGCUCCGUGCCGCUUGCUCCUCGGACGACGAGCGCGCCGCCUGCCUCCUGCUGCAACUGCCGGUGCUGAGGACCUUCAGCGGCAGCUUCAUCGAGGACGUGUUCUUCGUGGGCUUCGUCGGUGACGUCAGCAUCGAUGACGUCAUACCCUGCCUGCUCAACGCCGAGCGGUAGGCUUUAGGCCUGCUCACGUUCAUUGUGUUAUAUGUUAUCAUUAUUGACCGACUUAAAAAAAGUAUGUUCUGUUUUUGACCAUAAUAUAAGUGUUCUCUUAUACAUUACCUAUUUUUGUAAAAUACCUAUUUGGUAUAUAAAGAAACUUUUUGAUAAAUAAUUAUCUGUUUGGAGUUGGUCACGAUAAUAUGAAGCUGACUUCAAGUUGUAUGGUGUGAGAGUAGAUACCAAUUUCAGUAUAGGAAUGAAUGAGUUACUUCGUUAUUGCCUUUUAUUGGUUGGUCAGAGAGAAAUAGAAUCUAAGCAAUGGAUUUUUUUCUAAUUUGUGUUAAAAAAUAUCUAAGAGCUGAGACGUAAUGCCAGUAAUAAUUUAGUGGCCUUAUAUGUAUUUUAACAUUAAAAAUUUGCCAAACUUACGGACGGGGUUCUAACUUAAAAUAUUAAUUGUGUGAUGGAAUUAUAUGCAUUCUAAAUUUAUUUUAUUAUAUACAUAAGAAAUAAUGGAGUAGGUGAUUAUUUUUGAUACUUGUUUAAGAUGUACUGAAUCUAUAUUUGUAUGAGAUAGUUGUGUAUUGAUGAAGCGCCGUCCACAUUAGUUAGUGACUACUUCCUUAAUGUUAUACUAAAAUUAUUAUGCCUUAAUAAAUCAUAAGACACUUG